AUGGCGCAAUUGGUAGUGGAAACUGAUAGCAAACCGUGUAUGGCUGGUGAGCAUCACACAACGCCGAAGAAAAAAGUAACUUUGGCACUGGCGGGCUGCGGCAAUAACAAUACAAGCCCGGGAAAUGAUUCAAUAUUUCGCACGUUGGAAAACUUUACCGCGCAAAAUUGUGAAACAGUCAGCGCCAUGCUUCCAACGAUCAGGGAUUUCUGCAUUUUAAAGCCAAUCAGCCGUGGAGCAUUCGGAAAGGUGUUUUUGGGCUGUAAAAAUAGUGACCCAAACAAACUUUACGCCAUCAAGGUAAUGCAGAAAACGGAAAUGAUUAACAAAAACAUGGUGUCUCAGGUGAUAACGGAACGGAACGCUUUGGCGCUCUCGCGAAGUCCAUUUUGCGUGAAUCUGUAUUAUUCGCUUCAAACUCUGUCCUCUGUGUACCUUGUUAUGGAAUAUAUGGUUGGUGGGGAUCUCAAGUCUUUGUUAACAAUGUUUGGCUUCUUUGAUGAAGUUACGGCGCGAUUUUACGCCGCUGAAAUUUGUCUAGCACUGCAGUACCUGCACGGACACGGGAUCGUCCAUCGUGACAUUAAGCCGGACAACAUGCUCGUUGCCGCUUCCGGGCAUGUUAAGCUAACCGAUUUUGGCCUCAGCCGUAUCGAAAUGCGACGAGAUCUCGAGAUCUCGGACUUGAUCAACUGUUCGCCAAAUCUGAACGCUCGCACGCCUGGUCAAUUACUUUCGCUAACAUCGCACCUGUCGUUCGGUUCGCAUGAUAAACGUAUUGCAGCAGAUGCGAUCGCCACUGUCGGUAGCACUAAUUUGCCAAACAGGGGGCAGAUUUCUGACCACGAAUCGGACAGUUCAUUUGGAAAUUCAAAACAACAGAACGACAGCAAAAUGUCUGGUGUGAGUCCGUUUUUUUCCGCUGAGCAGAAUGUUAGCACAGUCGAGGAAUUGAAGUCUCGUAGCGAAGGAACGAUUUUAGAGGAAAAAUUUGAUUCUUCCUCGUACUACACGUGCAAUUCCAGCGAGGACGGCAAAACCAGCUCCAGUGGAAGCUACGAAUCGGUGCAAGAAGUCCGCUUGCGGUUGGUGAAGACUGAUGCUCCGACGAAUGAAAAAGAGAAUGUCGAUAGCAUCAAUUGUGCCAACGAAAAGGAGGGAAUGAUGAAGGAUCCAUUCGAGUGUUUAAUGGUUUCCAAAAAACUUUAUCGUAACUAUACGGAAGAUUCCGGUGUGUCCAGUAGAAAGAGUGACAUUUCAAACAUACCAUACGAAAUAUCAGCAAUCGAGAAGGUUGAAUCCUCGAAUCACACCAAUAAGGAUGAAAAUUUUAGUUCCGAUUUUUCCCGAAGUUACAGCCUAAGCAAUAUAACCGAAUCUUCACAUUCUCCUGUGAGACAUGGAAUUCGGGCGUUUAAAAGACCAGAAUAUUUCAGAGGUAUCAAGAGGGGCCGCCAUCUGGUAAGCCGAGUGGAUUCCCUGGCUUCCGAAUCAGAAGCUGCCAGUACCGGGUUAACGCAGGAGAUCGAUGUGCUGGAUAUUUGCGGCGAAGUGCACCGUAGCACACCUAAGAAACGAAAGGCAACCUCGCCAAUUAAGGGUGUGCUGAAAGUGCGCUCGUUAUCCGACGAUGAGUUGCAAACCGGCGAGAAUGCGAUCGCUAACGUUAUGUUCUCGACUCCUGUGUCUUCGCAAAAGAUACGCCGCGAAGGUGGCCAGCUGGGGAAGCUAAAAAGUACUCGUUUCCAGCUACCAUCUUCGAUUGAGCAGUCCCGAAAAAUCAAAACCUCAGGCGAAGCCCUUCCGCCCCAUUUCAUGAAAAUGCCGGACGAAUCUGUGAUGUCACCAAUAUGUACGACCAAUAUUACGGCCGGCGGUGAAGCUUGUGUACCAGUGGUUGAAAACACACCGAAAGCAAUUAAAACUCCAUUCCGUACUCCAAAGUCGGUGCGUAGGGCUCCGAUGGGGUCUGAUGAACGAAUACUGGGCACACCGGAUUAUCUCGCACCCGAGCUGCUGUUACAGCAAGGCCACGGUCCGGCGGUGGACUGGUGGGCGUUAGGCGUUUGCUUAUAUGAAUUUCUGACCGGAGUGCCUCCGUUCAAUGACGAGACACCACAGAAGGUGUUUGAAAAUAUUCUCGGGCGGAACAUCGAAUGGCCGACGGGCGAAGAAUCGCUGUCAACGGAGGCGGUCGAUGUGGUUGAGCAACUGCUGGAAAUGGAUCCUACAAAACGACCAGCUGCCGAACAAAUGCAACAAAUGGCGUACUUUUCGAGUGUCGAUUGGAAAAACAUGGGCUCGAUGGAACCACCUUUCAUUCCGAAUCCGGAUGAUCCGCUGGACACUGGAUACUUCGAGGCACGUAACGUUUUGCAGCACUUGAAGCUGUCCAAUUUUAAUAUGGAUGCGUUUUGA